AUUGUUGAACUAUUGCUGCAAAAGGGAGCGGACAUAAAUGCACGAGGCGGCACAUAUUGCAAUGCACUGCAAAGUGCGGCAAAUUUUUCAAGUCCUGACGUGAUCGAGCUAUUGUUGGACAUUGGAGCAGAUGUUAAUGCUCAGGGCGGAUACUAUGGAAACGCUCUUCAGGCAGCUUGUUUUGGCGGAAAUCGAGAAAUCGUACAACAUCUCUUAGACAGCGGCGCAGAUAUAAAUGAAAGAGGAGGAAAUUUAUAUGGCAGCGCUUUGCAGGCAGCGGUGCUCUGUGGGUCUGAAUCAUUUGUCGAAUUUCUCCUGGACAAGGGUGCUGAUGUAAACCUUCAAGGAGGCAGUUUUGGAAAUGCACUCUGCGCAGCU